AUGCACCGCCAAUGUGCCGGGCUUCCUCAGGCGCUGAAGUCCGCUCUGGAGCGAGGCUCUCCUGCCGAGCUUUUAGAGGAUCUCGGUACCGCAGUCCGGAAAGUAACGUCACGAUUCUUUGCCGGAUCCGAGGAGGAGCUGGAAAACGUGCCGACCUGUACAGGGCAAAGCGAGAGCACUUCGCCCCGAGAAGGGGGAUUGAAUCUCGACGAUGAAGCUGCAUCGACUGCAGAGCCUGAGUGGAUCUUGCGAAAGUCGGAGCAGAUGACUAAGUACAUGUUCCUUGACGAAGGCAGCGAGAAAGGAACGGUGAAAAUCUAUGUCAAGGCGGAAGAGCUGCAGAUCGAUCAGUUUGCCGAUGCCUACGCUUCUUUCCAGGAGCGGCGGUUGUCGCUUUACUUGCUUGGCCCUGGUGGCCGAGUUUGGCGCCUCUCAGGGCGUUUGUUUGGCCCCGUGCAGGCAAAGGAGUGCAAGUGCUCCCUAUCUGCAAGCGGCCACAAGGUGUCCGUGACUUUGCGGAAGUCCAGCACUUCCGAUCAGUGGCAUCGCUUGAUCGAAGACCCAGGCAAAGAGCAGCUGGACAAGUCACAAGACUUCAUCUGA